ACGAAAGCGCUCGUGAAUCGAAUCGAUUCAGUUAUUCGAAGCGUGUCCGUGUGCAGACGUGCCCAGGCCCAGUGCGGUAUUUGAAAAAAAAAAAUCAGUUUUCGGCCGUCCGCCAUUACAAAAAUCGUAGUUAGUGCGUAUCAAAAAUCGUAGUUUUUUUAGUGCGUGUUAAAAAUUGUUGGAACUAAUUGAAACACGUGUGGUUUCAUUGACGUUUAACAGUGGAAUAAUUAUUUCUAUUUAUUUAACAUGUUUAUGUGUCAAUGAUGUAUGCAGCAGAAUUUGAGAACCAUGUAAAAAAACAUGAAAAGCUUCGAAAACUAACAAACAAAUUAAUGAGGAAUAUGUUGGAUGUCGGAGAAUGUGAAUUAAAAAUGCAAGACAAUUGGGAAAAAACUUUCGACCUCAUUAAACUUCAGGCUAAGAACCCUGCAAAAAUACCAGCGCCAGCGUCUUCGUCUUCGCAGCCAACAUCCGACAAUUUUGAAUCGCCAAGGUCGGUGAUUAUGCAGCCGUCACCUAAUUCGCCACUUCGUCGAUUGUUUGCCACUUCCUCGACUUCUGCAUCGUUGGUGCUUCGACCGGAUGGUGGUGGAGUAAACACUACUAAAUUUGAUCCGAAAACCGCGAAAACCAGUGAAAAUCAAAACCACGAGUGGGCAACUAAAAAACAAAUGGCUACUCAGAAGCGGAAGAUCAGUGCAGUUUGGAUGCACUUUACAAAGGAGUCAAAAAGUAGAGCACGUUGCAAACUUUGCCACCAAAUGCUGAAAUUCUGUGGCAACACGACAAAUUUGCAAAAUCAUUUGGCACGGAAACAUGUCGAUGUACAAGUGCCAACCGUCGGCAGAAAACCGAGAGCAGAUGCUGAGGAAUGCUUUGAGGAUGAAAUUGAUGAUCCAGUCAAUCCAACAGAAGUGAUGUUCGUUAAUGGUACAGGGUUACGCCAACAAACUGUACAGGAAGCAUUUCAUCGACCAGGGUCAUUCAAAGCGGGUGGCGAUAGAUUCACGGCAAUAUCCAAUGCCGUGAUGUUUAUGUUGUGUCGAGAUGGCCUGCCAUUCAACACAGUCGAAAAACAAGGAUUUCGUCGACUCAUGAAGACCGUCUGCCCGCUCUAUAAAGUUCCUUGUGAAACCAAGUUCACAGCUAUGAUACGCGAUAAACAUGAAGCGAUGAAGCACUUACUGAAAACCAAACUGGGAAUCCAACGAUACGUUUGCUUGACGACCGACAUUUGGACGGAGAUGAUGAACUUGCGUAGCUACCUCGGGAUAACAUGUCACUUUUUGGAAGGCAACAACAUCAACUCAUGUAUGCUGGGUGUGGUACCUUUCGAAGAAGCAAAAACGGGUGCAAACAUCGCUGGACUGUUGAACGAUAUCGUUACGGAGCAGUGGGGAAUCAGCGAGGAUAUGAUUACCGUUGUUAUAACGGACCACGGUUCUAAUAUUAUGAACGGUGUCAAACGACUGUUUGGAGAAAAAAAACAUCUGCCUUGCUUUGCACACACGGUCAACCUAGUGGCCAGCAAGGCGAUCCCCUUGUACAAAGAUUCCUAUUGUGCAAGAAUGGAGCCAGUAAUAGACGAGGAAGAAGAAAUAACAGCCGAAGAAUUCGAAACAGCGAACAGCCAUGAAUACACGCUCAUAACUAUAAUCAAAAAACUGAAAUUGAUUGUCAAAUUUUUUAAAUCCAGCGAAACCGCAGCACGACGGCUAAGAGAAAUGCAAAUGGCGGAUGGCAGACAAGAAAGCCAAUGUUUGGCUCUUAUUCUCGACGUAAGAACCAGAUGGAAUUCACUGCUUAAAAUGAUCGAACGAUUCAUUGUCUUGGCAAACUACGUUUCCAACGUGCUAUUGAGCAUUCCAAAAAGUCCGGUCAUGUUAACUGGUAAUGACUUAGCCCUGCUUAGGGAAAUAAUGAAGGUACUGAGACCACUAGAGAAGGUUACAGUUGAAAUGUCAGCUGAAUCAUACUGUUCGUUAAGUAAAGUAAUCCCGCUUGUCCGUUUACUAAAAUUAAGUUACGCAUCGAUGUCACUUGAGUGCGAGGAAGCAGUAUCAGUUAGGGACAAGAUCCUGGUACUGAUUGAUCGUUAUUUCAAACAUGCUGAGCGCGUAGAAAUGCUGGCUGUUGCUACAUUAGUCGACCCGAGAUAUAAAUCUAUUCACUUCGGAAGUGCAACCGCAGCAGCUAAUGCAAUUGGAGCUACUGGAAAAUUGCUGGCUACCGAAAUUCAGAAAACAACGAGAAAUGUCGAAGAACCGGAGUCACAAACUGAAGCUAUCGGAGAGGAAUCAGAUUGCGACGAUAUUUGGUCGAUACAUGACAAACAUAAUCUCAUUUCGUCGAACUGA